AUGGUCCCCCCACCUCCCACCAACAAGCCACACGUGUGCCUGUCCACCAUCCUCAUCAUGAGCAGCAUGGCACUGAUUGAUGCCUACCUGGUGGAGCAGAACCACGGCCCGCGUAAGAUCGGCAUCUGCAUCAUGGUGAUGGUGGGAGACAUCUGCUUUCUGAUUGUCCUGCGCUACGUCGCCGUGUGGGUGGGGGCUGAGGUGCGCACAGCCAAACGAGGGUAUGCCAUGAUCCUUUGGUUCCUCUACAUCUUUGUGCUGGAAAUCAAGGUCUACUUUGUGUAUCAGAACUAUAAGGCUGACAGGAAGAGCCUUGAUGCUCUGUCCAGGAAGGCACUAACACUGCUGCUCUCCAUCUGCAUUCCAGUGCUCUUUGUAGUGCUGGUGGCUAUUGACCACAUGGAGUAUGUGCGUGCCUUCAAGAAGCGCGAGGAGAUACGCAAUCGUCUCUUCUGGGUGGUGGUGGACUUGCUUGACAUCCUGGACAUUCAAGCCAACCUGUGGGAGCCCCAGAAGAAGGGCCUCCCUCUGUGGGCGGAGGGCUUGAUGUUUUUUUACUGCUACAUCCUCCUCCUAGUGCUACCCUGUGUGUCUUUGAGUGAAAUCAGCAUGCAAGGUAUCAACAUUGUGCCCCACAAGAUGCUCCUGUACCCAAUCCUCAGCCUGGUGACUAUAAACAUCAUCACACUCUUUAUCCGUGGUGGCAACAUGAUUUUGUACAGGGACGCGAGGGUCUCAGGGAUCCUCAUAGGAAAGAACAUACUGGCCAUCAUCAUAAAGACCUGCAGCUUUGUCCAGUACAGGAGACAGUUACAGAGUGCCCCUCCAGCUUUUGGGGUUGAGCUGCAGAAAAAUUCAUUGGCCCAUGCUCGCCCUGCCCCCACCACUCCCCAGGCGGUCAUCCAGGACCAGACACCCCUGCCCGAGGUGACAACAUGCGAGCACACGUGA